AUGCUUUCUUAUGAGCAUGAGAACAAUGAUAAGGUAAAUUCAGUUGCCAGUCAAAAUAUCAAUGAUUUGUUACCUUCUACACCAGCUACACUAACCGACCAACACUAUGAAACAGAUAUACUUUCUGAAAAAUAUGAUAACAGCAAUGAUGAGAUGAAUUCAGUUGCCAGUUCUAAUCAGUAUUAUCCAAAAUAUGCCAUUAGUGAUGUUGAUAAUAUUGAUAGUAUUGAUAAUAUUGAAGAUGUUGAUGAUAUUAAAAAUGUCAAAAGUAAUGAUAAUGAGCAGAACGAACAAGAUGAUCAUAAAAAAAAAAAUGAAUUGGAAGAUUUUUACUCUAAAAAGCAUGAUAACAAAAGCAUAGAGAACAUAAUUGAUGACCCUAUCUAG